AUGGCAGAGUACCUGGCAGUCCCUCAUGGCGAGGAGGACACUCAUUCUCCUCGUCGCACCCGGAAAUCCUCUCUAUCGUCACUGUUUUCCCGAAGUCGACUUGCAGACUUCACAACUACACCUGUUGCCGUUGCCGUCGGGGCGUUCCUCGCCACUUCCUGCUUCUGGCUAUUCUAUACCAUCUUCUCAGAGCUUUGGUCGCAUGAUCGAGUUGCUCUGGGCGAGGAAAUCAACGGGCUUGUGCCUGAGUUUCCAAGGGUUCCACGAGUAUUCUGGAACGAUUCAUCAUAUGGACCCGAAGUCGAUGUUUCCAAGCUCUCCAAAACAGAGCGACAGAGUAUACUCGACAACUGGGGCAAACUAAUACCUGACGGCGAAGGCUUCCUCCCCAUCGAGGAUCCCACACAAGCCACCCUCCCGCCACCGCUACAAAAGGACGAGCCUUCCGACCCAUACUACUACGCCGUCUCCGUGUUCCACCAAAUCCACUGCCUGGACGCCAUCCUCCGCAUGUUCCUCCAAGCCCACGGCGGCGGCUCCGACACGGACCACGCAUCCCGCUCGAAGCCCGACGCGCACUCGUCGCACGCCGAGGACACGGCGCACGCGAUGCACUGCUUCGACUACAUCCGCCAGUCCAUCAUGUGCUGCGGCGACACGGCCUUAGAGGGCGCGGACCCGUACAUAAUCGCCGAGGGCCGUGAUACGCUGCGGUACGGCACCUUCGGCGUGGGCAGCACGCACAUGUGCAAGGAUUAUGGGGCGAUCUAUGCGUAUGCUAGGACGCGGGCGAACCCGAAAUGGGUGUAG